CCGGUCGCGGGGCGCGCUCGCCGCCCGUCGCGGGAGCUGCAUGUGCGCGGGAGCCGCGGCGGAGGAUGGCCGUGCUCAAGCUCGCCGACCAGCCACCCCUGGUCCAGGCGAUUUUCAGUGGCGAUCCAGAAGAGAUUCGGAUGCUGAUCUACAAAACUGAGGAUGUCAACGCCUUGGAUGCUGAGAAAAGAACCCCUCUUCACGUGGCAUCAUUCCUGGGGGAUGCAGACAUCAUCGAGCUUCUCAUUUUGUCAGGGGCUCGUGUCAAUGCCAAGGACAACAUGUGGCUGACUCCUCUCCAUCGGGCAGUUGCUUCAAGAAGUGAAGAAGCCGUGCAGGUGCUCAUCAAGCACUCGGCCGACGUCAACGCCCGGGACAAGAACUGGCAGACGCCGCUGCACGUGGCAGCCGCCAACAAGGCGGUGAAGUGUGCGGAGAUCCUCAUCCCCCUGCUGAGCAGCGUCAACGUGUCGGACCGCGGCGGGCGCACGGCGCUGCACCACGCCGCCCUCAACGGCCACAUCGAGAUGGUGAACUUGCUUUUAGCCAAGGGGGCAAACAUCAAUGCUUUUGACAAAAAGGACAGAAGAGCUCUGCACUGGGCAGCGUACAUGGGUCACCUGGAAGUUGUUGCCUUACUGAUUAAUCAUGGUGCAGAAGUGACUUGUAAAGACAAGAAGGGUUACACCCCACUUCAUGCAGCUGCAUCCAAUGGGCAGAUUAACAUUGUGAAACAACUCCUUAACCUGGGGGUGGAGAUUGAUGAGAUGAACAUCUAUGGAAAUACUGCACUUCACAUUGCCUGUUACAAUGGUCAGGAUUCUGUUGUUAAUGAGCUGAUUGACUAUGGUGCUAAUGUAAAUCAGCCUAAUAACAAUGGAUUCACCCCCUUGCAUUUUGCUGCUGCCUCCACUCAUGGAGCACUGUGUCUUGAACUCCUAGUGAAUAAUGGGGCAGAUGUUAAUAUUCAGAGUAAGGAUGGGAAGAGCCCCCUGCACAUGACAGCUGUCCAUGGGAGGUUCACGCGGUCGCAGACCCUCAUCCAGAACGGAGGGGAAAUCGACUGUGUUGAUAAGGAUGGUAACACCCCUCUGCACGUGGCUGCAAGAUACGGACAUGAGCUUUUGAUCAACACCCUCAUAACCAGCGGAGCCGAUACUGCCAAGUGUGGGAUCCACAACAUGUUCCCUUUACACUUAGCAGCCCUGAAUGCCCACUCAGACUGCUGCAGGAAAUUGUUGUCAUCAGGCUUUGACAUAGACACCCCCGACAGCUUCGGAAGAACGUGCCUGCACGCGGCCGCUGCCGGAGGUAAUGUAGAAUGUAUAAAACUCUUGCAAAGCAGUGGAGCAGAUUUUAAUAAGAAGGACAAAUGUGGAAGGACACCUUUGCACUACGCAGCUGCAAAUUGUCAUUUCCACUGCAUUGAGACUCUGGUGACAACAGGAGCAAAUAUUAAUGAAACAGAUGACUGGGGACGCACCCCUUUGCACUAUGCUGCUGCUUCUGACAUGGACCGAAAAAGAAAGAAUAUUUUAGGUAACUCCCAUGAAAAUGCUGAAGAACUUGAAAGAGCCACUGAGAUGAAGGAAAAAGAAGCUGCAUUGUGUCUCGAGUUCCUUCUCCAGAACGAUGCCAACCCGUCCAUCCAGGACAAGGAGGGCUACAACACUGUGCAUUACGCUGCUGCCUAUGGGCACCGGCAGUGCUUGGAGCUGAUUGGAAGCAAAACUCCAUUGGAUAUACUUCUGGAAAAAACAAACAAUAUGUUUGAGGAAUCUGAUUCAGCAGCCACAAAAAGUCCUUUGCAUUUAGCUGCCUAUAAUGGUCAUCAUCAAGCUCUGGAGGUGCUUCUCCAGUCUCUGGUAGAUCUGGAUAUUAAGGAUGAGAAGGGACGCACUGCUCUGGACUUGGCUGCGUUUAGAGGACAUGCAGAGUGUGUGGAAGCUCUCAUCAGCCAGGGUGCUUCUGUCACUGUAAAGGACAAUGUCACCAAAAGGACCCCCCUCCAUGCCUCAGUCAUUAAUGGCCAUACACCUUGUUUACGGUUGUUGCUGGAAGUUGCAGACAACCCCGAUGUGACAGACGCCAAAGGACAAACUCCGCUAAUGCUUGCAGUGGCAUAUGGGCACAUUGAUGCUGUUUCAUUAUUACUUGAAAAAGAAGCAUCUGUAGAUGCAGCUGAUCACCUGGGAUGCACAGCUUUACAUCGAGGGAUCAUGACUGGGCAUGAAGAAUGUGUUCAGAUGCUGUUAGAGAAAGAAGUCUCUAUUUUGUGUAAAGAUGCCCGAGGCAGGACACCUCUGCACUUUGCAGCAGCUCGGGGUCACGCCACGUGGCUGAGCGAGUUACUGCAGGUGGCACUUUCCGAGGAGGACUGCAGCCUGAAGGACAACCAGGGCUACACGCCCCUGCACUGGGCUUCUUACAAUGGUCAUGAAAACUGCAUAGAGGUACUAUUGGAACAAAAACUUUUCCACAAGUUCUAUGGUAAUAGCUUCUCUCCGUUGCACUGUGCUGUAAUCAAUGAUCAUGAAAACUGUGCAUCACUACUCAUCGGAGCCAUCGACACCAGCAUUGUCAAUUGUGAAGAUGACAAAGGAAGGACGCCCCUGCACGCCGCGGCCUUUGCGGACCACGUGGAGUGCCUGCAGCUGCUGCUGAGCCACAGCGCGCAGGUGAACGCCGCCGACCGCGCGGGCAGAACGCCGCUCAUGAUGGCGGCGCACGGCGGGCACGUGGGCGCCGUGGACUUCUUGGUGAACAUUGCCAAGGCUGACCUGACAUUGAAAGAUAAGGAGUUGAACACAUCUUUGCACUUGGCUAGCAGUAAAGGUCAUGAAAAAUGUGCCUUGUUAAUACUUGACAAGAUCCAAGAACAGAGCCUUAUUAAUGCAAAAAAUAAUGCAUUGCAGACACCUCUUCAUAUUGCUGCACGAAAUGGCCUGAAGAUGGUGGUUGAAGAGUUGCUGGCCAAAGGGGCCUGUGUCCUGGCAGUAGAUGAAAAUGGUCAUACGCCAGCCCUGGCUUGUGCUCCUAACAAAGACGUGGCUGACUGCCUGGCACUCAUUUUGGCUACCAUGAUGCCUUUUUCUCCCUCCAGUUCAGUGACGGCUUUCAACUUCGCUUGUUUUAAAAAAGACAGUUUGGGCAGGACGCACCUCUGCGAUGGCUCCGCUAUGGGUAGCAUUAACUCUUACAAUAAGCCCUUGAGUAAUAACAUAGGAACAGAGGAUGGGUACAAUGAAAAUGAUUCGGAUUCUGAAACAUUUUGACUCGUUGUUAUUCAAAAGCUUUGUUAUUAUUUCAUUUCAGCUUUAGUUUUUGUCUUUUUAAAGAGCUUAAAUCCCAGUUAUAUUCUUAACUGUUAUUCUUGACAAGUAGGUAUUGAAAGAUUUGUAGGGUUGAUGAGAAUCAAGCCUUUAAAUAACAAAAUUAGAGGGAUUUACUGGAACAUAUUCCUAUUAGAGUUCUGCAGCUUUUCAGUCUCCUCAUGUUUUCUUUAGGCCCAAAGUGCCCCUAUGGAAAGUCUCUACCUCUUAUUUUAAGUAGAAAGAAAAUGCCUUUUUUCUUUUUGACAGCACAAAUAAACAGGGAACUGUUUGUAAAGAAUUCUUUCAUGUUUUAGCUGCAGCUUUAGUACACAAUCCUAUUUCCAGCAUAGCCUUCUCAGAUUCGAGCAUCACCCCUUUCCUACGUUUGUCUGUUUCCUGCUUCCAGGGGCUCUGUUAAUUAGAUAAUUUUUUUACACGAACCAAAGGUAAAGUUAUAAUCUUAAAACUGCCUGUAUUACUUUUCUACAGGAAAUGAAACCUUUUACAUUCUGCCUGUAUUAAGCACUUAAACGUACAGAAGGCACUUUUUACAGUUCUUCGUUGCAGUACACAAUUAGAAAAAUGUAGUUGUUAACUCUUAAGGCCAAAUUCUGCUCAUCUCACCGUAUUUUCCCAUGAACAUCACUUCUGUAAAAUGCUAAUCACUUGGCCCUUUUUUUUUUUGAUUCAGCACAAAUGUGUAUGGUUUAUUUGCACUACAGAAUUAGGGUCAUUAGAUGUUUCUGUCACCUGAGCCAUUAAUCAUGAAUCCAGUACCAGAAAAACAAAAGGGGAGAGGGGGAGAAAUCAGGUGUAGACAAAGGUGUAGGUAAAAGUUUAUAAUGAGUUGCCAACUUAAAUGGCACUUUUUUUCUUUUCUAUGGUUAAAUAAUUGAUUUUUACUGUAAACAGUAUUGAAUUUUAAAAUACUUUUGCCCAUGUUUGGAUUAACAGAGCAAAGGUAAAGCAAUGAAAGCGUAACACCAAAAGGUGAAAUACCAAACACCAGAAACAUAGCAGUGUACCAUGCAGGGUACCAGAGGUAGAUGCUUAAAAGCCUUUUGUCACCAGCUUUUAAAGCAGUGUCAACUUUGUGAAUAUGUUUACUCCUUCUGCCAAAGUUUCUAGGUCAAAUGGACCCCGACCCUCUUCUGCAACAGAUGUACAAAAGGAAGAAUGAGACUUUGUAAACAAAAACAAAAAACACAAACAAAAAACUGUAAUGAACUAACCAGCCGUACCAAGAGGACCAAAAUGCUUCAGUAAUUAAAAUGAAGACUUUGCUACUUUUAUUUUUUUUUCUUCAAAUGUGAGUGACAUAAUGAAGUAGGUUUUUUCCUAAAUGGUAAAAAUAUAAACUUUUGAGGUAAUAGUAGUCUUGGCUGAAUUUUACAUUUUAUGACACAGGUUUCAAGUAGACAUUUUAAUGUCUUUUAACUGAUGAUGUGUUGACCACAGGUGGGUUUUUUUCCCCGACUUAAGAAUAUGUUCAUAUACUUUUAAUGUAAAUGUGUUUCUAUUUAUUUGAAGUGAAACAAAUGCCCAGGAAAAAUACCUAUGGCUUGUUCUCCUAGUUAGCAUUCGUGCAUACCGAAAUGAAAUGUGAAUCUGGCAAGACUGAGGGCCUGGGGUGCUAAAGGAAGGGUGGAUGGAUGCACUCUGGGAGGGUGCCCAUCUUGUAUGGAAUGCAAAGGUCCACUGGCUGUGGUGGGAAAAAGCAGAGAGCAAAACAGCUUCCUUUGUUUAAGAGCUUAAGAAAGGGAUCCAGCCCCUUGCCAGACAGGUGAGAAAACCCACGCAGCUGCGGCAGAGAGGUGCCAGGAGGUGGCAGAGCAUGGAGUCAGGUGCUCCUGUCGUUCACACUCAGCUAGUCUCAGGCCUGUGUCUGUGCUGGGAGGGUGAGAUGAGCUUCCUCGGUGCUCGCUUUCGGCAGGGUAAAGGAAAAGUAAGGGCUUGGAUGUUACUUUCAGUCUUUAGCCCUCUUCUGCCAAACUGUUGAAAAUCUAUUGGCAGAUUUCAGUUCUCUAAUUAGGAAAAAUAUUUAUGUAUUAAGUUCAUUUUGCCCUACUAAAAUCGAGUAUUUUUCCCUUGAUUUUUAGCAAUUUUCCAAAGUUUGCAACAAAAGAAAACCUCUUUUCUCUCAACUCCGUAGUUUCUACAGUAGAAUGACAGAGAACCUGAAAUCUUGGCUUUCUCCUCAUAAAUAGCAGCAAAUAACAUUUUAAUUGAUUUUUCUCAGCAUUUUUGCUUUUAGAAGCUGCAGAAUAGCAAUAACCACCUUACUUAAAACACUGAAAAUAAGAGGAGAGAUCCAUUCUUAAAAUUUUCAGUGAUGCCUGUUCCAAAAUGAAUAGUAAUCCCAAAUUUUGGGGGUUUUUAUGUGGAAGGAUGGCAUUGAAAACAAACAUAUGGGAAAUAGCUGCCACCUGUCUAACAGCAGAACCAGCAUUUGAAUCUUAUUUUAAAGCAGAAAUGUAGGCAGGCUCCUUGGCAGGAUUAGUUGUCAGUCUCACCCUGAAAUGCAGCAAAUUACGCUGUCCUACAUGACAGUGCUCCAUUAAGAGAAAACCAGCCCUCUUUUAUAAAAAGUUGUUACAUUAUUUUAAGCAGCCAUUUUUAAAAUUUCAGUAUUUUUACCUGCUACCAUUCAGCUACCAAAACAACUUCUAACUGCGAUACCUCGUAACACUGGUAAUUGUGUAGUGCAAGAGCUGCUGCUCACACCUCCAGGGUGCUGCACAGGUUGUGUUUUGAGGGUGCUGGAUUUAGGAGGAAAACUGCCACGAGCGAGGCACUCAGAAGUGCUCAGUGUUGGCCUGUCCCACAUCUCACGUGAGUUACCAGAAUCCCUUUUUUUUUUUUUUUUUUUGUAUGCUAGCACAUUAAUCUGUAAUUUAUCACCUGUAGAAAUAAAUGUGUAAUUUAGGGCAGGUAUUUAAGCGUGGGAGUAAUGUUACUCUUGUAAAUAAUCUCCUUGCCUUUCUGUGGACUUCUUCCAAGAGUAAUCAUACAGAAUUGUUGCACUUAACCCCGGAUCCUGCAGCUUACAGUACGUGGACAACUUCUGUGUCUGCACCCAGCAGAGGGCACUUGGGGAGGGGCAGCUCCCUGCCCAGGUGCACUGGCAGGAUCGUUCGUUUCAUCCUGUAUUUUAACCGCAGCUGCAGGUGGAAUCCAGAGCAGGAUGGGCUCCCAAGCCUCUCUCAUAAAUACUGAGUUACAACCUCCGGACUGCCUGAAAUUGCUGUGAAAUAGCUCAGGGGAUUUCUGUUCAUCGCUACUAAAAGGGCACCAUAAUGUGUUUGGUACUUUUAUGCAGUCAACAACUGCCGGGUUAUUGAACUAGAACAAACACAUGAAAUGAAUUGUUUAUCCAUUGUACUGUUGAGAAACUUGGUUAUGUAUUUGAGGAUGAUUUAAAAAAAAAAAAAAAUUGUGAUUUUUAUUCUUAGUCAUGUAAGAAAUAUUAGAGUGCCUUUUUAUAUUUGUGUAUAAUGGAAAUGUUUUGUGAAACUUGUCUUUUUUUUUUUUUUUUUUCAUUUGAGUGUUAUAAAAGCAAUAUAUUACCAGUAAAUUUUCAUUUCAGACCUUCUUUGAAUGUAUAAAGUGUUUCUUCUUUUCAUAUGUUCUACCUGCAUUGAAAUGAAAAUUAAUAUGCUAAAUUUCUAUAGGAAUAAUGUAUAAUUUUUGCAGUGCUGAAAAUGCUUUCUUAUUACACAAAAAGUAAACUUAGGUCAGUGUUAUAGGAAAGGGCGUUUUAAACUAGUGACAAUCUUGAGUGUGUGGAUAAAAUGUAAUUUUAUGCAUUUCUUAUGCAGUGAUCGACAUAUUAAAGCCAAUAUCUUAAGUUUUGUAGGUUUUGUCUUAUAUUUUAUGCUUUAGCAUGUGCAAUAUAUCUUUACAAACCAUGGUGAUAUGCAUCUGGUGCCAGUGUUAUAUUUUGCAAAACGUUUGUAAUAAACGAUAUAAAACAUUGUUUGAUGGUUUAGGUGGGGUUUUGUCGGUAUUGUUUGCUUUUUGUAAUUGAAGUUCAAGGACUUAGGUAAAUGUCACAUAUGAAAUGAGGAAAAAAAAACUUAAUUCAUUGAAUGACUUGGAAUUCAACCUGAAUCUUCUCAAGCACAGUUUAGUAACUUUUUAAACUACUGAAUGCUGUAUUAAUGUAAUAAAGAACCCUAACUGUAAACUACUCUUGCAGUGCAUUCAGAUGGUUAUUUUUACAAAUAAAAAUGGUACAAAUACAGUGGAAAA